UUCAAUGCGUGCGUAGGUAGGUAGGACCAGAAAGAUAAUGAUUUGUCUAAUCCAAGCAGCCAAACAAACAACAAUCCAGAAAAUUAGUGUUGCAGACCCAAAGCUUUAGGCAUCCUUGUCUCACAGCAAAAAAAUAAAAAUACCCACACAAAAUUACAAAGAAAAUAUUUUUCUGCCAUUUCUCACGCAAACACACACACAACAAGAACAAAUUUCUACCUUCUGUAUUUCUUAAGCUCCCGCUCUCUCUCUCUCGUCUUGCUUUUUCUUGACGAAAUUAAGCCCUCUUCUUUGUGAAACCUGUAGUUGAUCAGAUUUUCUUUAGCUUUGUUUUCGACGAUCUGUGUUUUUUUUUUUUUUUUUGGGGGUACGGAUCGUAUCGGGGACCGAAACCGGAGUUGUUGAUUGUUGAAUUUUGGUAAUCUCGCUCUCUCUUCCUGAAUUUUUUGUGUCGAAUUUUAUGAAUUUAUUGGUUCUCAGAUGAUCAAUGGAGAGGGGACUGAUAGGGUCGCCUCCGAAGCCACCUCCUCUCUCCUCGAUCGACACGAUUCGUUGGAUCACAAAUCGGACGAUGGCGAUGCGGCGUCAUCUCGGUACUCUUCGUUCGGAGAAUCGGAGUUCGAGCGGUACUGUAGCGCCAACUCGGUUAUGGGAACGCCGAGCAUGUGUAGUACAAUCACGGUUUAUAACGACUGUGGGGAAUCUGAAUUCGGGUCCAUGAAGAGUUUGGUGGGGUUUGGGGAUGAUAAUAGUGGUUUGGAGAACUUCAGUUUGGGAGGGAGGAUAGAAAGGAAUCGUGACGAAAUUAGAGUUUUGAGUGAUAAAAGAAUCGAAUUCGGUAAAGGAAGUAGUAGUAGUGGUAGUGGUAAUAUUCGUGAUGAAAAGAGUGUGAAUUUUGGUGGGUCUAGUGGGUUUGAAUUGUAUGGUAAUGAUGAGCUUGGUUUUUCAAGUGAGGUUAAUCAUGGAGAGCUCGGUGUAAAUGAAUUGUUUUCUUGGAAGGUUGACAGUGAGUUGUCUCAGAGAACUGGGGUCUCAGAGUUCAACGAUGAUGUUGGAGGCGAUAGCGGCGAAGAUGAUGAAGAAGGUUCUGUAGGAUCCAGAGGGCUUGAAGGUGCUGAAGUAGUAGGAAAUAGUAUUGUUGAACAAAAUUCUACUCAAGGGACUAAGAAUCCAGAUGGGUUUGGAAAUGGUUCCCAAUCUGGACCAACGGAGGAUAGGAAUUGCCUUGAUGGGUUGGAACCAGAAUCUGAGUUGCAAUGUGUUGUAAACGAGUUGGAGAGGGAAGAAGAUGGAACUUCAUCUAGAAAUGAGCAUUCAGAGGGUGAGGAUUCGGUGUACAACUAUGGUACAGAUAAUGAGGGUAAAAUUGGGUAUGAUUAUGGUAGGAAUGUAAGCUAUGGACGAGAAGCUAAAGCAAAGAAUGAAAAUCCAUUGCUUUAUAACUCAUCUGUAGCCUUUGGUUCAGAAGAUUGGGAUGAUUUUGAGCUAGAAACCGGAAAUGCUUUACUUUCAUCUUCUAAUAUGAGUGCUUUCAGGAACCAGAAAGGAAAAGCUGUUGAAACUGAAAGGCAGCUUUUAAGUUCUGCUCCUGUAACCUCAGUUGGGUUUCCAACUAGUUAUCAAAUUGAGCAAGUUAAAAAAUCGACAGAUUUGCCUAGGGCCAGUACUCAAGUUCAAGUUGAUUCUGAAUCAGCAGAAAUUGUAAACCAUACUGUUGGAGCAACUGGUUUUCCAAAUUCUGGUGAACCAGAGGAAGUGGAAAAUGUGAGGGACAUUGCUGUCGCCAGUUGGCAAGUACAAGCUACUGAUGAUUUGGUCGAGUUUACCAAAAGCUCUUUUACAACCCAAUCUGGUUAUUCAAAUGUUCAUGAACCAGAUCAAGCUGACAAAAGGGAAAUUCCUUUUAACAACAAUCAAGUUCAAGCUGUUGAUGAAUUGGUAGGCUGUCCUAAAAAUCGUUCUGUUGGCAAUGUUUUCAAAAUAGAGCAGGGUCCACUAGCAGAAACGUUUGCUGAAAAAAUAGGUACGAACAUCAUAGAUAAUGCCACGCCAAAAGCGCAUCAAAGUAUGAAUACUGAGGAGGUCAUUAAGGUUGAUGAUUAUCAAGCUUUGGAGAAUCGAGAGCUGGGCAAAUUAGAAGUAAAGUUGGACCCAUUUGCUGACAUAUCAAGUAACAGACUUAGCUCGCAAUCAACUAUGUCUCCUAGAAAUAUCGAAGAAAAAUUUAAUGACGACUGCAAGCCAAAGGCUAAACCAUCAGCUUUUGAAGAUAGUCCAGGGAAGAAGCCUCCUGUUUCAUCAGAUCACGCUAGAGGUCAUCCACAACCGGUUAAGACAGAAAAUUUUGAGCUAAAUGAAUUCUAUGAUGAGGUAGUUAAUGAAAUGGAAGAAAUUUUACUUGACUCCAGUGAGUCUCCUGGAGCAAGGUUCCCUCAGGGUAACAGGAUAUUACAGCCACAGCUAUCUGUACCAUUAAGAGAUGGUGGAUCCACUGCUUCUAUAUCGGGUGCUGAUGAUGCUUAUUCAUUUAUUCAGAACCCAGUGAGAAUUGAUGGGAUUGAGGUGGUAGGGGCAAGGCAGAAGAAGGGAGAUGUCUCAUUAAGUGAAAGGCUAGUUGGAGUGAAGGAAUACACUGUGUACAGAAUUAGAGUAUGGAGCGGCAAGGAUCAAUGGGAGAUUGAACGCCGAUACCGUGAUUUCUUUACUCUCUAUCGUCGGCUUAAAACGUUAUUUGCAGACCAUGGUUGGGAUCUUCCUUCUCCAUGGGCCUCUGUGGAAAAAGAAUCUAGAAAGAUUUUUGGGAAUGCAUCUCCUGAUGUUAUUGCUGAAAGGAGUCUUCUCAUUCAAGAGUGUCUACGCUCGAUUCUCCAUUCCAGAUUCUUUUCCACUUCACAGAGUGCAUUGAUAUGGUUUUUAUCUCCUCAAGAUUCAAUUCCCAGUUCACCUGUGACAUAUACAAUGGGGCCUCAGUCUAUUACUAGAGGAGGUGGAGAAAACAGUUCUCCUUUGGGGAAGACCAUAUCACUUAUCGUUGAAAUUCAACCGUACAAGUCGAUAAAGCAAAUGCUAGAAGCUCAACAUUAUACUUGUGCUGGAUGCCACAAGCAUUUUGAUGAUGGAAAGACUCUUAUACGAGACUUUGCACAGACAUUGGGAUGGGGAAAGCCUCGCUUUUGUGAAUACACGGGUCAAUUAUUUUGCUCAUCAUGCCAUACAAAUGAUACUGCAGUCUUACCAGCAAGAGUAUUGCACAGUUGGGAUUUUACUCAAUAUCCAGUAUCCCAGUUGGCUAAAUCAUAUCUGGAUUCCAUACACGAGCAGCCCAUGCUUUGUGUCAGUGCAGUAAAUCCAUUCCUUUUUUCGAAGGUCCCAGCAUUGCUUCAUGUUAUGGGUGUCAGGAAAAAAAUAGGAACCAUAGUUCCAUAUGUUCGGUGCCCAUUUCGAAGGUCUAUCAUCAAAGGACUUGGGUCUCGAAGAUAUCUUCUUGAAAGCAAUGAUUUUUUUGCACUUAGAGACCUCAUUGAUCUUUCAAAAGGGGCCUUUGCUGUGCUACCUGUGAUGGUGGAAACUGUCUUGAAGAAAAUCCUGGAGCAUAUAACUGAGCAAUGCCUCAUAUGCUGUGAUGUUGGAGUUGCAUGCGGUGCUCGACAAGAUUGCAAUGAUCCAUCUUCUCUCAUUUUUCCUUUCCAGCAGGAAGGUGAGGUUGAAAGGUGUCCCUCUUGUGGAUCGGUAUUCCACAAACUUUGCUUCAGCAAGCUUACAAACUGCCCUUGCGGGGCUUACCUCAGGAUCGAUGAGGCACUGAGGCUCACUAAGAAAGUAAGUCGUGGGACCAGUGGUGAGGUAUCUGGAGCUUUAGACUUUUUAGGACGAUCAGGCUCUGGGGUGAGUGUAGGAUUUCUCUCUAGAUUGUUUACUAAGACAAAGUCAGAGGAGCUAAGAGAGCAAAAAAAUGGUGAUAAUAUCAUCUUAAUGGGUUCUUUGCCAAGUACUUCAUUAUGACCACAUGUAUUUUGCAAUGUAGCAUAUGCUUUCUUUUUUUUCUUUUUUUUUUUUUUUUCUAUUUUUUUGUUUUUGUUUUGGCGUUUGAUUUUUGAAGCAUGGAAAUAUCUGUUGUACCUUUUGGUUUGUUAGUCAAAUAACUUUUACAGGCCAAACUCUGCUGUAGCCAAACCUUUUUGGUUGGUUGAAAUUUUGUAUUUCUGAUUUUUCCAUUGGCUGGUCAUUCUUUGUAACAUACAAUCACAAUAUAAGUUGUCCUCUCAGUUUGUAUUAAUAGAAUUCAAACUUUCUUUUGUAUCAAAUAAAAAUUCUGAGCAGAGCUGCUUCCAUGGCUUACUAGGUGGGAAACAGGGAGAAUUUUGUACUCCUUAGACACAAACACAUGUGGGUUUCAUGUGGACUACACUUGUGCUUGAAUCUUGGGAAUAUGUUACUCCCGUAGUAGUGGAAAGUUAUAAUAUAUUUUAUUAUUGUUAUUAUUA